AUGGUUUGUAGGGAACCGGGCUUGAAAAACCGAGAAACCACGCAUACUUCGUCAAGUACCAAACCAGUCAACCCUAAAACCCCAAAAUCGGCAAAAUCGGCUAAGCCCGCGGCAAACGCAAAAAUUACCACUCUGAAAUCGACGGUGUCACAGUCAAAGAAGCCAAAUCCAACGAAACAAAAACCCGAAAGCUUCUCAAAAGCGAAACACUCACAUUCCAAUAAGCCACAUACCAAUAAACCAAAUCCCCAUAAUCCAACUUCCCAUAAUCCUAAGUCGGCUAGUCUGAAGCAACCGAAACAAAAGGCUCAUCAUAACUCAAAGGCGAAACCCGUGAAACAUAAUAAGAAUCCAGGCGGUCUGAACCAGCCAAAUCAAAAGCCAGGAAAACCACCAAAAGCGAAACCAGUAAAAUCCCAAAAAGCAAAGCCAGUUGGUCUGAAGCAAACGAUGCAGAAGCCAGAGAAAACCCCAAAGGCGAAACCACCGAAAUCUGAAAAACCAACGGCAGGUAGUCCAAAACGAGUGAUACAAAAGCCUGGAAAAACCCCAAAAGGGACCCCCGCAAAUCUCAAGCAACCCAAGUCAAUUCGCCUGAAGCAAGCUAAACAGCACGUUGUAAAAUCGCAGAAAACGCAUCCCCCAAAACAUAUUAAAUCAAAGGUUGCUAAUCUGAAGCAUGCGAAACAAAAGCAUUCUCCAGGGCAGCAAAUCGGGCAUCAAUCGCCCAAAUAUUCUGAACUUGAUCAUCAUUCGUAUACUGCCUUUGAGAACCCAGAUUUUGGUUCCGUCAGCUAUGAAUUCGAAAUAACAAACGAACCAGAUCCUAGUAUACCCAUUGAUGACGAGUCAAAUUUACUGUGCUCACUGCCGGACGGGUCAGACGCGUCAGCAUUGGAUUAUGUUGAGCACUAUUCACCACUUCCAUCGGGAUCGCAAUCAGCGGAUGAUGAAGAAAAUGAUAUAAACGCGUACGAAAAUGAAGAGAUACAAAAUGUGAUGCCCAAUUCGAAUGACUUCGAGGAGCUUGCGGUACAUGAAAUGGAUUCAGAGCAAGAGACAGAUGACCACGAGAAAGAUGAUAACCGAGUUAUUCCGUCUUACAUCAUAGACUUUGAAGAACCAGAUGAGUCGAUAUUAUUCAGCAAUCAUGCAGAUUCCAAUAAUUCCUCGAGUCUGCACGAUUUUGAUAGAUCUACUGUGAAUCCAAAGAAGCGGCUAUCAGAAGACUAUGCCUCCUUUGAGAGGAAACGUCAGCGAAUGGAGAGAUUUUCAUCUCAAACCGACUCGCUUUUUAGUCCGCCACCUGCGCAGACUUUCAUUGAUACUAGCCAAGGUUUCAGAGGAACAUCUCAAUCACUAGAGAAGUCAUAUUAUAGACUCACUUCAGAACCGAAUCCUGCGAAUGUGAGGAAUGAGGAGGUGUUAAAAAAGUGCCUUCCAUACGUCCUCAUGAAAUUCUAUUCAUUGAAUCUUCUGUAUGCGUACAUCAAUGACCAACUUAAAGCAAUAAGACAGGAUUUGACCAUUCAACAUAUAAAAAAUGAACUUACAAUGCAUGUUUAUCAGACCCACGCCCGAAUUGCGAUAGAGAAUGACGACUUGGGCGAAUUUAAUCAAUGUUUGUCUCAACUUUUCAGUCUUUACAAAGCAAACGAUAUUCCAGAAAAACCAGAAUUCGUUCUAUACAGAAUAAUCUACAUGACGCUCACGGGAAAUAACACCGAGAUUAACAAAAUCAGGUAUAAGUAUGAGGGUGUCUCAGCCUCUCAGAUUGGAUCUAGCGGGGGUGAUCCUUUUAACGCUUGGAUUGAACCGGCGUUAACAUUUUCCACCGCCAUAAUAUGUGGUGAUUACUACAAUAUCUUCCGAUUGUACAGGCAAUUUGCGACUUACCGAUCAACCCGCUUGGCAUUUCAUUUGCUAAAUCGUCAUGUUGUCUCCAAGCAGCGAGUUAUGGCUCUUUCGACGAUGACAAAGUCCUUCAAAAGGCUCCCUUUGUCAUCGUUGGAAGAACAACUUGCAUUAGACGUGGAUGAUAUUGGCAUAUUGCAAUACUUGAAAUCUCACGGUCUCGAGCAUUGCCUUGCAGGAUCCGAUUUAGAGUGUACACCAUGCAAGCCUAUUGUCAUGUCCAUCCUCGAGCGUGGAGAUUACAGAAAAGUUGACAUCAAAGGGCAAGUCUAA